UCUUCUGGGAGUGUCGGGGACGCGCCUCCUCCAUCCGCUCCAGCCUGCAGGCGCGCGCACCGACGCACCAGACCUGACUAGACUCCAAUUGAUGAACAAGACUGCUAAGCCCCUCCUACUUCCGGCCGGAGGAUGACUGAUGGACAGCUGUCAACGCGGCUCUACUGCAAGAAUGGCGGACAUCACCUCCAGAUCCUCCCGGACGGGACGAUCAUGGGACGGCGGGACGAGGCGGACCUUCACGUAAUUCUAAGGCUGACAGCUGUGGCCCCGGGCGUGCUCCUCAUCCAGGGACGCCAAACAGGACGCUUUUUGGCCAUGAGCGACGAGGGCCGCUUGUACUCCACGCCUAACGCUAACGAUGAGUGUUGCUUCCUGGAGAGAGUGGAGGAGAACAACUACAACACCUAUCAGUCUCAGAAGUAUGAGGAGAGGAAAUGGUACGUGGCCUUGAAGAAGAACGGCAAGCCUAAGCUGGGACCAGAAACCCACGUUGGACAAAACGCCGUCUUUUUCCUUCCUCGCAAGUUGGGGGCGGACCCCGGCACGCCUCACUCCAACUAAUACAGGCCUUCUAUUUUCAUCCCUGCAUCCAUUUUAUACCGCUUAUUCCCUUUGGGGUCGCUGGUGCCUAUCUCAGCUACAAUCGGCCAGAAGUCGGUGUACACCCUGGACAAGUCGCCACCUCAUCACAGGGCCAACACAGACAACAUUCACACACUAGGGACCAUUUAGUGUUGCCAAUCAACCUAUCAUUUUAUCCAAAAACACUUCAAAAAUGUGUGAAAUAUGUAAUAUUUCCUACAAAGAUACAUAUUAUGUCAUUAUAUUAUUUUUAUCGGGGUGUCCAAACUUUUUCCAAUGAGGGCCGCACACAGAAAUAUUAGAGCAUGGGUGUCAAACUCUGGCCCGCCGUGUCAUUUCAUUUGGCCCUUGAGGUAAUAUCAAAUGAACAUUGUCGCUGUAACACCACAUUCACCACUAACACUCACACCCGUCAACCCGACUCCCGAAGUUCAGUGCCUCCCAAAUUUCUCCCGAUUUCCACCCGGACUAUAAUAUUGGGGGCGGGCCGUAAAAGCACUGCCUUUGGCGUUCUCUACAUGUCGCCACGUCCGCUUUUCCUCCAUAUAAACAGCGUGCCGGCUCAUACACACACACACACACAAGUGAAUGCAAGGCAUACUCGGUCAACAGCCAUACAGGUCACACUGAGGGUGGCCGUAUAAACAACUUUAACACUGUUACAAAUAUACGCCACACUGUGAACCCACAGCAAACAAGAAUGACAAACACAUUUCGGGAGAACAUCCGCACCGUAACACAACAUAAACGCAACCGAACAAAUACCCAGAACCCCUUGCAUCACUAACUCCUCCGGGAUGCUACAAUAUACACCCCCGCUACCACCAAACCCCGCCCCAACUCAAACCCGCCACCGAAAAGAGGCAUUCAAUUUGUAUUUUUAUUUUAUUUGAUAUGCCAUUGAUAUUUUUUAAUUAUUAUUAUUUAAACUGGAUUUUGCAUGUCACAUAAAGUUAUAUAAGACUUGCUUGUUCAAUAUUCAAUGCAAAACUUGUUUGGGUCCCUCUUAAAGGAUUCAUUUGUUCAACCUCGGCCCGCGGCUUUGUUCUGUUUUCAAUUCUGGCCCAUUUUGUGUUUGAGUUUGACACCCCUGUUUUAAGGCAUGCAGGGGCCAUUUUGAUGAUUAUCAUUUUCAAAAUAUAUGGAUUAUCUUUUUUACCUUUAGGGCUCUCAGGGGCCAUAAAGGGUCUAAGUCACUAAAAUGUUAAAAUCAAGUCAAAUUAGUAUUUGUUUUUUAAUUAUUUAACACUUACAGUAAAUCUCUCCAACAGGGUCAGCAACCUUUUUGAAAGCAAGAGCUACUUCUUGGCUACUGAUUAAUGCCAAGGGCCACCAGUUUGAUACACACUUCAAUACAUUGCCAGAAAUAGUCAAUUGGCUCAAUUUACCUUUAAUAAAUAAAU